ACAGCAGCUUUUGGAAUUUUGCUCUGCCCAAAUUCAAAAUUCAACAUUCUCAGUAGCACUCCAAAUCCUUCUGUAUUUUGUUGCUUAUUUCAGUGAUGCUAGGUAUUAAUGUAUUCAAAAGUACCAUAAGUAAUCUCAGAAAAUAUUUUUCAAAAUGUAAUUGCAUAUCAGUAGGAGAGCUCAUUAAAAUCCAGUUCUAGUACCCAGCAUUUCUAAAAAACAGUAGUUUCUGGUUCCAUCAUUUCUUCUAAUAAUAAUAGUAUUUAAAACACACAUACACAAAGCCCAUAGACACACAGGUGCAAAGUCACAGAUCAAAUGUCCUCCUCUAGAAGGGAAAGUUACAACAAGUAACGCAGCAAUAACAGCAACAGUAUGCAGGUACAUCAGAAAACAAUCACAAGAAAAAGAGUAUUACACAAAGCUAAGUAAAGGACUAUUUUGUACAUAUUCUAUGUUUUAUCUUGUUUUAAUUAGCAAAGUGUUUUCUGUUGAUGAAAAGCAAUUUCGUGGUCAUUGAGGGAAGGGGGUUUACCCGUGCCACUGUGACUCAUUCUACAACAGCAUCUUACAGGUUCAGGAGUUUCCAUGGGUAUGACCCACACAUGACGCUGGAGGACACAGGGGGGCCAGAGCAGUAUAUAACCAGGGCAGGUACCAGAGCACAGACAUUGGCCACCCUCAGGGCUAUAGGAGCUCUCCUCACCUCACCACACGACCAGACGCCAGUGACACCAGGAAGAAACACUCUCUCAUCAUGAUUGGCAAGGUUGUGGCUGCUGGCAUGGCUCUUCUCCUGAUCUCAGUGAUCAGAACUGAAGGUAUGGCCCUGGCCCGUUCAGGGAUUGAACUCCGGUGCCAGUGCAUAGACACCCACUCCAAGUUCAUCCACCCCAAGUUUAUCCAGAACGUGAACCUCACCCCCAGCGGACCUCAUUGCAAGAAUGUCGAAGUCAUAGCUACUCUGAAAGAUGGCAGAGAAGUGUGCCUGGACCCCACUGCUCCCUGGGUGAAGCUGAUCAUCAAGGCAAUUUUGGACAAGGCAAACACCAAGCCUGAGAACGUGUCCUAAAGCAAAAACCAGAACUGUCUUACCUCCUCCAGGAAGGCAAAAAUGGGAGAUGCCACCGCCCAGCUUCUGGCAGCUCAUUUCCUCCUGCCUCCUACGUUCACAUUUUUA